AUGUCUUACAACGUUUAUAAAAUCAAGUACACCAUCUCCAUACCAGAUCCCGAUAUGCCAAGUCCGAGGUACCACAAUGUUAUCUUUGUGCAAACGCAGGCCGACGGUAGUGGAAUGAUUCAUCACGUUACGGGCGACAUCACCUCUGGAAUGCGUUACGAUACAAAGCCAGGCAAGCGACCCGAAGUGUCGGAAACAUUCUUCGCGAAGGAAUACCUUGGCACAAUAAAAGCAACCGACUAUCCUCAUGAAAUGAAUCGAGUUCUCGAGGCCCAGCCCCCACCCCCAAAACAAAAGCACUUCAACAUUGCUACCAUGAAGACGGAGCAAAUGAAACCUGACGGCUCAUUCUACAAGCCGGGGGAAGCUCGGCCGCCGAUGAUAAAGUGCACAGAGUGGACUGUCAACAGUGCGAUUCCGGCAUUAUAUGCGACCGGCAUUGUUCAGAAGUAG